CUCAGCGAUCCGACUUAGACGACUAACCAGUGCACAUGCGAUGAAACGUCAUAUCUUCUUUUUAAACCUUGACAAGCAACACCUCCGUCAGUCGUGACCGAACAUUGGAUCGCUUUUGACCGGCACUAUGAACGCCUUCGUCUUUCGCAUCUGCCUCGCCAGCGCGUUGAUUGCAGUAGCCUUUGCGGACAUACCGUCCUAUAUAAAGACAUGCAAACGAAACGAUCCGGAUGCAAAUAAAUGUAUCACCAAUUCGAUUGAACAACUACGAGACAAGUUAAGGACAGGAAUUCCGGAACUGGAUGUUCCAUCGAUAGAGCCGCUCUUGCUGAAAAACUUGCGCUUGACGAGAGGCCCGAAUAGCGCGAGUCUCGAUUUGAACCUCACGGAUAUAGAGGUGUAUGGACCGUCCACAUUCAAGAUCGACGAUCUGAAUGUUGACACGAACAAAUUGCUCUUCACAUACACGGUUAAAUUCGACAAACUCGAGUUCCGAGGAAAAUACUCGAUUAACGCGAAAAUACUGUUGCUGCAGCUGAAUGGAGUCGGAAAUGUUACCGGAUAUUUGCAGAAUUACGGCGGUAAAACCUAUAUGAAGGCUAAAAAAAUCCGCAGGAACAAUAAUACUUAUUUGCAGUUUGACAAGAUGAAACUGGUCAUACGUAUAGCCGAAACCCAUAUCAAUUUUGACAAUUUGUUUAACGGUGACAAAGUUCUCGGACAAGCCACCAACGAGCUUCUGAACGAAAACAGUAACUUGGUCACGCAAGAGAUUACUCCCUUGCUGGAAGAUUCCUUGGCAAAUCUCUUCACAAAUGUCGCCAACAAAAUCACCCAGACCUUCACAUACGACGAAUUGUUUCCGAUUGAUUAACCCCCGCCGACCCUCGUCUCCCGGAUCAAUCGAGCUACAUUGUUUAGUUAAUUCAUUGCGUUAAUUCUUAAGCCGUGACAAUCGGCGAGUUUGCACGGCGACAAGUUCAAUUCUCACUUAUUGUUCUGUUUUUUUUUUUCAUUUGUAUUGUAAUAUUAUAUAGUGUGUAAUUGUAACUAUAUAUAGUCCUAAUGUACAUUGCGAGAGAACUUUUUGGUUCGGAUUAUGUCAAAGGUGUAGAUCGUCGUGCAAGUGCACAUGUUAAGAGAUGUGCAAUUGUAAGGCAAUUGUACUUUAUUUAAGUUCGUUACAUAUCAAAAUCACGCAAAGUCUACCCAAACUUCCCGAAAAACGCGAUGCGACUGAGAGGAGAGACGACGCGUUUCAAAUUGUACGCUUCGAAUAAUCGUUUAAAUAACGCGGAUGGAGCCACACGGGUCCACAAGUUCGCGAGUAAGUUUGGGUGUUGUCGCGUUUAAUAAGAUUCGAAGUAACAAUGAGAUACAUGUGCAAGAAAGUAAAGAGAUGUAAAUAACAAUUUCUCAAAUAAAUCUAGGAAAUCAA